CUCUUUUUUACGCAAGAUCGUCCAAUAGUAUUGGAAAUCGCGAACACUUCGGUUGGUACGACUUAUCAGUGUUGCAUCGCACUCGUAGUUUUGAACAAGUUUGAAUUCGUAGAGUUUAACGUACUCAUAUUAUCGUGCAUCAUUCUCAGUUUUUGUUUGUCAGUUAGUGUUUUCUUGUUGUUUAACAUGAACGAUAUUGAUGAUAAAGCAAUCAGUAACGAAAAAGAUGGAUGGAAGCAUGUCUUAGAGAAACACUUCCACCAACAACUGAAUUGGAAGAAAACUUUAGAAAUGGAGUGUAUUUGGCGAAACUUGCCUAUUUUAUGGCACCUGACUCCUUGCCUGCUCACAAAAUAUAUGAUGCUGAACAAAAACGCUAUGUAGCAGUUGGUUUGCAAUUUAGGCACACAGAUAAUAUUAAUCACUUUCUAAAAGCCUUAAAAUCUAUGCAAUUACCAAUAACUUUUCAGCCAGAAACUACAGAUAUCUAUGAUAAGAAAAAUAUGCCUCGUGUAAUAUAUUGUAUUCAUGCUCUGAGUACUCAUUUGUUUAAACUAGGUAAAGCACCACAAAUUCAGGACUUAUAUGGAAAAGUGAAUUUUACUGAGGAAGAAAUAAAUACUGUCAGUAAAGAGUUGAAAAAAUAUGGAAUUCAAAUGCCUUCAUUCCAAAAAAUUGGUGGUUUGUUAGCAAAUUGCAUGGAGAUUGAUACAGCUACACUUCAUGCUGCUGUAAUAGCAAUUAAUCAAUCUAUUACAGAAAAAGAUAAUGAAAAAAUAUUAACUACCCUUCAAAAUAAAGUAGUGAAUUUGAAUAAUAUUAUGCCAUGCUACUGUAAAGAAUACACUGAUGCUUUAUUCGAAGCAAAGGAAUCAAAAAUGCAAGCUGCACUUAAUAGACAUAUCAUUCACGAAAACGCACAAUUAUAUAAAGAACAACUAAUGCAAUUAUUGGAAGAUACUGAAUGGAGCAGUACAUAUUCAGAAAAUAAUCAUCAUCAUUGUAAACAAUUACUUCAAAAAGAAAUUGAUAAAGCAAAUGAAAUAGCACUGAAAUCUCAGGAACGUGAUGAUUGUGUAAAGCUUUUAAAUUUAACAUUACAAAAUGGUAAACGAAAUGAUUUUUAUAAAGUUUUAAAAAAGCCUGAUCUUGAGUUGACAGAAAAAAUUGAUGAUUUUGCACUACCAUUAUAUUAUGAAGAGAUGAAAGUCGAUCGUAUUGACUCUCAGAACGACCUUUCAUAUAGCGAUAUUGUAGUCAGUGUGCGUGUUUUAUCGACAAUUGCAGAAAUUAGUAAAGCUGUAGAUACGGAAAAUCCAGAUUUAGUUUAUCAAGCGUUGGCAAAUCCAGGUUGUCAUGGAUUAGAUCAAGGGAAUAAAGUAAAAUACUAUAGAGCAUUAGCAGCAGUUCGAUCUGAGAAACAAACAAUUAAAGAAGAAUGUCCUUUAUUAACGUACAUUGAUGUUCAAGAAUGUAUUGAUGAUAUCAAUCAACAAUGUGAAAAUGAUGAUGAGGUGAUACAAGUUCUACGUCAAUUAAACUCGGCUGUCGUAGAAAAUGACCGAAAUGAUAUUAUAGCUGCUUUGGAAAAUUCUGCUUUAAAAUUGAAGGAACCUAUUUUGCCAGCAGAUGCGUCUCUUUAUUUGAAAUUAUUUAAAAAAUGCCUUGAAGAAAAACAUAAUGAUGGUUCUGAAUUAUGGCUAGAAGAUGUAGAAAAUAUAACAAAAAUUGUUGCGAGUGAAUCCAUGAAUAUUGAACGUGUCUGCAGCUUUUUGUCAAAAAUUAAUUCAGCGUUACAGAAAAAUGAUAUGUCAUUUACAAUUGAAUGCCUUGAAACAUUUGGUUUCAGAAUACCAGAACAAUACAAAAUAGAUUGUUUCAAAACCUUAUGCAAUUUAAAAAAUAUGAAGAGUAAACUGUACAACUAUGAAUUUGUUCAAUUUGUUACUUUUCAAAAUAAUGAAUCUUAUUUAAAUUUACAAAAGCUCAGUUACACCUGGGACCUACCUAAAAAUGCCUCAAAAACAUUUUAUAUCGACAUGCAAGACAUAAUUGAAUUAAUAAAAAGUGUUACAGCAAAAGAACACGCAGAAUAUUUGUUAAAAGACAAAAUAAUUCAAUUCCAAGCUUAUAUUCGUGGAUAUUUAUUAAGAAAGAAAUUUUCUGAUAGACUUACAUGCUUUCAUGAUAAUGUAGAUAAAAUUAUUCGAAUCCAAGCUUGGUGGAGAACUAUAAUACAGCGUAAACGAUACAUGAAAUUAUUAGAAGAUAAAAAGAAAGCAUUUCAAAACACAUAUGUGAAAGUGAAACUCAAAUAUACAAAUAUAUUGGAUUAUUAUAGGGAACAUGAAGAAAAAAUCAUAAAAAUACAAGCUUUAUGGCGGAGUCGUGCUGAAAGACGCGCUUUCCAUUCACUUUUAUAUAUGGAAAAACCACCAUUUGCUGUUGUUCGUCAUUUUUCUGCAAUUUUAAAUUUUAACGCAGAGGAUUAUGAUAAAGACUUACAAUUACAAUAUUUAAAACAUGAGGUUGUUCAAAGUAUACGACACAAUCAGGUUUUAUCUCAACAAUUGGAUAGCAUGGAUAUAAAAAUUGGUUUACUUAUACAAAAUAGAAUUACACUACAAGAUGUUGUAGCACAUGGAAAGAGCUUGGAAACUCUUGCAAAGCAAAAGCAUUCCAACAGACCUCGUAGGAGUUCUUUAUCAGAUGGUGCUGUUUCACACAAAGGCUUAAAAUCAUUAACUAAAGAGGGUCGAAAAAUGUUGGAAGGAUAUCAACAUUUGUUUUAUGCACUGCAAACUAAUCCAGCAUAUUUAUCAAAACUUUUAUUUCUUUUACCUCAAAGCAAAACAAAUAAGUUUCUCCAAAAUGUAAUUUUAACGUUAUUUAACUUCGGAUCAAAUAUUAGAGAAGAAUAUUUGUUAUUAAAAUUAUUUGGUAACGCAUUACAAGAAGAAAUCAGAUGCAAAUUUCAAAAACCAUCUGAAGUCGUUACCGGGAAUCCUCUUGUUCUGAAAAUGGUGGUAAAUUAUGCACGACAAUUAAAUGGCCAAAGAGCUUUGAGAAAAAUUGUUGGACCAAUUAUUGAAAAAAUUUUAGCUGAUCGUACGUUAAGUAUAGAAACAAAUCCUGUCGAUAUUUAUAAAUGCUGGCGAAAUCAAUUAGAAAUGGAAAUAGGGCAAACAGUAAAUCUGCCUUAUACGGUAACACAACAACAAGCUCUAGAGAACGAGCAAGUACAAAUCAGAUUAAAUAAAGGAAUACAAUUACUUCAAAGUACUGUUCUAGAAUUUUUGACUAAAAUAACUGAAUCACGUGAUUUAAUACCAUAUGGAAUGUUAUAUAUGGCUAAAAUUUUAAACGAUUCUUUAACUGAAAAAUUUCCAAAUGCUCCAGAGAAAGAUAUUUUAAAAGUAGUGGGAAAUUUAAUUUAUUAUCAUUAUAUAAAUGCAGCUAUUGUAGCUCCAGAUGCUUUCGAUAUAAUUACAUUGCCAAUUGAUAGAUCAUUAUCAAAUGAUCAACGAAGAAAUUUAGCUAGUAUUGCCAAAAUAUUACAAUUCGCUGCUUCUAAAAAAGGGUUUGGUGAAGAAGCCACGCAUCUAGUUUGUUUGAAUUCAUUUAUAAUUGAAUGUCACGAAAAGUUUAAAAACUUUUUCCGUUAUUGUUGUCAAAUUGAAGAUUUAGAAGAACAUUUCUGUAUUCACGAAUAUACGGAGGCUACGCUUAUUCACAAACCUGAGAUAUAUAUUUCAUUACAACUGACACCAUGUGUGAAACAAAUUUAACACGUUUUGGAAAAACAGAAGUAUGUUUGGUUCUCACCAAUAAAUUUCAAGUGCCCGAAGAGGAAGAUGCUAGUUUAAACAAACUUUUUAUAAAAACGAAAGAAUUAUUAGUUUCUGUAUUGCAGUUUUUAAAAGGUCAAACAUUAGUCGAAGCUUUAGCAGACCCUGUAUGUUCUCCUGUCCAAGAAAAAUUGUCCGACGUAAAAUGCACUAGUUUAUCGCCUACUUUAAAUAUUAUUCAUAAGAGUUCAUCCUUGAAUGAUUGUAAACAUCAGUUACGGGCGUAUCUUAAUAAACUUGAACUUGAUGGUUGGGUCAGUCAAGCUGAUGGAUAUCAAAAUAUUAUAACUGCAGUGGCUAAGGAUCUUUGUAAUAAAGGAAAAUAUCGAAUUAUUCGAAAUAAAGAAUUGCAAACUUUACGCACAACUAAACAAAGACUGGAAGAAAAAUGCAAAUAUUACCAAGAACAAGUAGAAUACUAUAAUGAAUAUAUACAACAUUGUUUGGAAAAUUUACGCACAGCAAAAGGAUCCUUGCGAGCAUUUAAAACUAGUCAGAAGAAUAAUCACGUUAAGUUAAGAUCUAAAAUGACAUUGAAAUAUUCUGCAGCCAAACUACAAGAAAAAGGAGUACUGUUAGAAAUUGAUGGACUACCGCAAUCACAGUUUAAAAAUGUAAUUUUUGAAAUAAGUCCAACAGAACAUACUGGUCUUUUUAGCGUGCGUUGUAAAUUUAUGGGAGUAGAAAUGGAAAAAAUUGAUAUCGAUAUACAAAAAUUACUUGAAUUGCAGUUUGAAGGUGCACCAAUUAUGGAUAUGUUUGGUAAAGCAAAAGUUAACGUAAACUUAUUGUUGUAUUUAUUAAAUCGAAAAUUUUAUGGUAAAACUUGAAAGAAAAAAGAAUUUAAUUAUCUUAUUCAUAUAUGUAUAUCAAUAUGACAAUUAUGCACUUGUGUCCUAAUUAUGAGUUUUUGAACAAAGAUAUGUCAAAUAUUAAUUUCUUACAAUCUGUGAAAAUUUUAGAUUUAAUUUACAAAAUUCACAAUUAUCAUACAACAAAUUUUAAAAUAGAAUUAAUGUUUGUAAAUAAUUAUACCUAUAAAAGUUUAAAUUUUUUAACAUAAGACUUCUUAGUACGGAUAUAUAUAUUAUUGUGAGCGAUUAGUGUAAUAUAACAAAGUACAUGAAUUCUUUGAAAUUAAACAAAUUUAUGUAUUAUAUAAAACUGACCUGUAAUAAUUCAAUUGUUAUUAAUUUCAUGUUAGAAGAUAUAUUUAACAAUAAUACAUGAAGAAGUCUAUAAAACAAAAGCUUCUAUAUGAUUAAAUAUUUUAGAAAAGACAAAUAUAUAUUUUUUUUAAUUUUAUAAAAAUAAGUAAACUAAUGGUAAUAAAUAUCACCUAUUAUUAAGGUAAUACUCUAUAAAUUUAUUUGUAUAAUUAAAUCUAAUUCCAGCGAUGUGUACCAUUCAUCAUUUUUUUCCGUUUUUCUUUUUUUUUAUAUAUAAUGAAUGUAUUGAAUAAUUGUAUAUAUAUUUUAUAUGAAUAUAAAUAUUUUUACGUUGCACCAUUAAAAUAAGAUAAGGCAUAUUCUCAGAAAUUUCUAAAUCAGAGAGCAAUAGGCUGUCUAUUAUUAUCAAUGUGUUUCGUAAUGCUAUACAUAUAAUUUAUAUCGUGCUUUAAAUAUUAGACAACCUAGUGUUCUUGUGCAUUUUAUAAAAUCGAAUCGUUUGAACACAAAUUUUGAAAUUUCUAUCGUAUGCGUGUUAAAUACGAUAAAGUCUAUUUUAUAAAAUAUAUUACAUAAAGGCCUGUUUAGUGGAUAUUGGCAAAUAAGCUUGCACAUUUAAACUGAAAAAUAUAAAAUAAACUAGAAAACCGUAUAUUAAUAUAAUUUUUAUAUAAAGUUGCUUACAUAUUAUGUUAAAUCUUCUCAUUCUAUGAGCUUGCAUAUUUUGUUACCAAUCAUCAUCAAAGAAUAUCUAAAACAAAACAAAAUAUUAGUAUCAUUGAAACAUUUGUUUUUAUUACUUUUUUUCUUUUCUUACAGAAUAUAUGAGAGCAAUUUAA